GAAAGAAGAAGAAUCACUGGAAGAUGUAAUAAAAGUGAGGUUGGGAACACUAGUUGGGUGGAUGAAUUUUAUUUUUUCCCCAUUUUUCGCAUUAAUUAUGUAAAAACAUUGCCGUAAAGUAGUGUAAAAUAGCAGAAAAAUGGCUUAUCGUCUCCUAACGAGUGCAAAGAAAUUGGAACGGAGUCUCUUGGGGAGUUUACGGAAGAAACAUUUGAGUUCGUUUCACCAUGAUAUUGCCAAUUUACGCAAAGAUGUGAGCCCAUGGACGUGGGAUGCCCUCAUGAGGGAAUGGAGGUUGUUCUGUGAGAAACCGCCAAAGGGAUUUGAGAAGUACUUCAAGCAAUCCGGUGGGAGACAACGGAAAGAGGCAACUCAGGGGGAUAAGGCGAAGGAGGCACCACCUCCGGUUGAACCACCACCACCGGCACCAUCAAAGGGUGCCUCAGCACGCCCUCCGGGAACACCACAGGAUAAGAAUGAUUGGAAUUUUGGGAUGUUUGCCCCAAAUCCGCCACGCGGCAAGAGAAGUAGCUCAUCCGGGAGGCCAAUUGGUGGUGAUGGGGGUGAUAAGGAGAAAUGGAUACUUUUUGGGGCACUGGGGACUGUUGCCCUCGUGGGGGCGCUUGCGUACUUUGAGAUGGGCUACAAGGAAAUUGGAUGGAAGGAAUUUGUAACAAAUUACCUGUCCAGGGGAGUUGUGGAGAAAUUGGAGGUUGUCAAUAAAAAGUGGGUUAGAGUGAGAUUAACUGCAGGCAGUUCCAGUGAUUCCGGAGGAGUUUUGUGGUUCAACAUUGGCAGCGUGGAUUCCUUUGAGAGGAAUCUUGAGCAUGCCCAGGAUGAUAUGGGUGUGGAGCCGGUAAAUUACGUCCCAGUGAUUUAUCGUUCAGAAAUUGAGGCAGCCAGUUUGACGGGACUCCUCCCGACGCUCCUCAUCAUUGGUUUCCUUCUCUUCAUGAUGCGUCGUUCGGCACAGAUGAUGGGUGGGCCGGGAGGGCGCAAAGGGGGUGGGCUCUUUGGGGGUGUGAUGCAAUCAACGGCAAAGCUGAUAAACUCCAAUGAGAUUGAGGUUCGCUUCAAGGAUGUGGCUGGAUGUGAGGAGGCAAAGAUUGAAAUUAUGGAAUUUGUGAAUUUCCUCAAGAAUCCGCAGCAGUACAUUGAUUUGGGGGCGAAGAUUCCCAAAGGGGCCAUGCUAACGGGUCCACCCGGUACGGGGAAGACCCUCCUGGCAAAGGCAACAGCCGGUGAGGCUAAUGUGCCCUUUAUCACAGUGUCCGGAUCGGAGUUUCUCGAAAUGUUUGUUGGCGUAGGGCCGUCAAGGGUGCGAGAUAUGUUCGCCAUGGCCCGGAAACAUGCUCCGUGUAUUCUUUUCAUUGACGAAAUCGACGCUGUGGGGCGCAAGAGGGGUGGGAAGAGCUUCGGGGGGCACUCAGAGCAGGAGAAUACGCUCAAUCAGCUGCUGGUUGAGAUGGAUGGCUUCAAUACGACCACAAAUGUCGUCGUUUUGGCGGCAACGAAUCGCGUGGAUAUCCUCGAUAAGGCCCUGCUGCGUCCGGGACGCUUUGAUAGGCAGAUUUUUGUCCCAGCUCCGGACAUUAAGGGCCGAGCAAGUAUCUUCAAAGUCCACCUGGGACCGUUGAAGACAAACCUCGAUAAGCAGGAACUUUCCCGGAAGAUGGCUGCCCUCACGCCAGGCUUCACGGGGGCUGAUAUUGCGAAUGUUUGCAAUGAGGCAGCCCUAAUUGCAGCCAGAGAUCUCAAUGAAGCCAUCAAUUUGAAGCACUUUGAGCAGGCAAUUGAGAGAGUAAUCGCUGGGAUGGAGAAGAAGACAAAUGUUCUGGCUCCGGAUGAGAAGAAAACCGUUGCGUACCAUGAGGCAGGGCAUGCAGUAGCUGGGUGGUUCCUUGAGUACUCCGACCCCCUGCUGAAAGUCUCCAUAAUCCCACGUGGAAAGGGUUUGGGGUAUGCGCAGUACCUGCCAAAGGAUCAAUACCUUCUCUCGCAGGAGCAGCUCUUCGACCGGAUGUGCAUGACCCUCGGGGGGCGUGUGUCAGAAGAGAUUUUCUUCGGGCGCAUCACAACGGGGGCGCAGGAUGAUCUGAAGAAGGUAACGGAUAGUGCUUAUGCGCAGGUUGUGCGCUUCGGGAUGAAUGACAAAGUGGGCAAUGUGAGCUUCGAUAUGGGCGCCCCCGGGGAUCCGAUGUUCAGUAAACCCUACUCCGAGCAGACGGCACAACUCAUUGACACAGAAGUGCGGGAGUUGAUAAAGAAAGCUCACACGAGGACGCGGGAGUUGCUGGACAAGCACAAGGGGGAUGUGGAGAAGGUUGCGGAGCGUCUGUUGAAGAAUGAAAUUCUAAGCAGAGACGACAUGAUUGAACUCCUCGGGCGGCGUCCCUUCAAGGAGAAGUCCACGUAUGAAGAAUUUGUUGAAGGAACGGGUGGCUUGGAGGAGGACACCUCCCUCCCUGAAGGGCUACAGAACUGGAAUAAACCCACGCAGAAGCCACCGAAGACGGAAGAGGCGCCAAAGGGGAAGCAACAGUGAUUUCAACAUGUGGUCUCAACCAGAGCAUUUUUUUCUUUGAGCAGGAGGAGCCAGAACAGUGUAAGUUGUAGGAAAAUAUACUUGGUAAAGAUGAAGAGUU